AUGAACUUGAGUCCCGAAGAGUUCAACAAGUCAGUGGAGAACAUUCGCAAAGCACUCACACCUCAAAACGCCGACGUCACGGUUCUGCAUCAACGAAAUAGCCUGACGACAUCCUCCAAUGGGUCAACAUCGCAGUCCACGGAUUCCUCCUCUCCAUACGUGUACGGUCACGUGCUGAUACGGCGGAAGCCAGGGAAAGUAGAGGACAUGAUGGAGAUCCGUAUUUGUGUAGUGGGAAACGUCGACGCUGGCAAAAGCACGCUGUUGGGGGUGCUGACGAAGGACGUACUUGACGAUGGUCGUGGCAAAGCACGUGUGAACCUGUUUCGUCACAAGCACGAAAUCGAAUCUGGGCGGACGAGUUCGGUGGGCUUGGAGAUCAUGGGUUUCUCUUCCACUGGAGAGACUAUCACGCCGAGCUUACUGGGGAAAGCGAAGUUGACGUGGGACGACAUUUGCUCUACCGCGCCCAAGGUGCUUACGUUCCUCGACUUGGCUGGACACGAGAAGUACCUGAAAACGACCGUCUUCGGGAUGACGGGAUCUAGCCCGGACUUUGUGAUGCUCAUGAUUGGAAGUAACGCCGGCAUCAUUGGAAUGACGAAGGAGCAUCUUGGGUUGGCCUUGGCCCUCAACGUCCCGGUGUUCAUUGUCAUCACCAAAAUCGACAUGUGCCCGAAGAACGUACUGGAAGGGACUAUCAACCAAUUGACCAAGAUCUUGAAGAGCUCGGGAUGCCGAAAGAUUCCUAUCUUUUUGAACACCGUCGGCGAUGUUCUGGUUACCGCAGGCAACUUCGUCAGCGAGCGAGUGUGCCCUAUAUUUCAAGUUUCGAACGUGACAGGCGACGGAUUGGACCUUCUGAAACUCUUUCUCAACGUUCUGCACGCCAACAGCGCCGGACGCUACGAUUCGAAACAGCCCGUAGAGUUCGACAUCACGGACACUUUCAGUGUUCCCGGUGUCGGCACCGUCGUCAGCGGGACCAUUAUCACCGGAUCUGUGCAUGUUGGCGAUCAGUUGAUGUUGGGCCCGGACUCGAACGGGCACUUCGUCCCAACUAUGAUCAAGUCCAUCCAACGGAAACGAGUCAACGUUCCCAUCGCAUUGGCUGGCCAGAGUGCUAGCUUUGCGUUGAAGAAGGUUAAGCGCUCGAGCAUACGAAAGGGGAUGGUGAUGUUAAGUAAAACGGUGCACGCCAACGCGGUGUACGAAUUCGAGGCGGAGAUCUUGGUUCUCUAUCACAGCACCACUAUCUCUAAAAAGUACCAAGCUAUGCUUCACUGUGGACCGGUUCGGCAGACUGCCAAAAUAUUAACAAUGGACCAGCAAAUAUUACGAACCGGCGAUCGUGCUUUCGUGCGAUUCAGGUUCAUACAACACCCUGAGUACUUGAAGAUAGGAUCUCGGUUACUGUUCCGAGAGGGACGAACAAAGGGUGUUGGCAAAGUUACGCGCCUGUUCACCGAAAGCGAAGUCGCAGUGCAGCAUGCCCUUUCGAAAGGCGUCACUCACGACAAGCACAAAGGACAGGCUCCGGUUGCUCCUGGAGCAAUUACCUCCACGGCAACAAACCCUGAUGGUCGCAAGGCCCGACGGAAAUUCAACAACCGCACUGACCCCCCACCCCCCUACACUGAGAAAAGUUGA